UAUUCCUUCUCUAGGUGGCCCAUCCUAAUCUGUUCCUUUGGAAUUCUGUGAUGAUUCUUUUGCGUGCGAAUGUUACGCAAGUGAUCCUUCUUGCUAUCAAUUAUAUGAAAUACAUAUUCACUGGUCUGACUGUAGCUGUUGAUUUUUCUGCUUUUCUUGCACGCAAGGUGUUUGUGCUUUUGUCCAAGCAGCUAUCUGUUGGUAGACUAUAAAAGGCAGUGCUAUUCUGAACAUAAAGCACAUGUUCAUUCUGUUCAUGUCUCAUAUCCGUUUGCAAAUUUGAGUAUGCUUUAAUUAUUUUUCUCGGAUUUGGCAAGCUAAAAAUGGUCUAAUGCUUAUAUACUGUAGGUUGUGGCUGAAAAUACCUGGCUUAUAACAAUCAAGAAUCAAAGUAAUAACCGCUAGCCGUCCAGUAAAACCCAAUAGAUGGAAGGCCGAGUUCCUUUCAGAGAUAUUACAAAUGUUCACUCGACGACUUCACCAAAAGGGAAUCAACGUACAUUUUGCUAUUACCGAUAUCUUCUACUUAUUAUCCUUAUUGAUCGCUUGCCUUGAUAUACUGUGUGUUUUUGUUUGUUUUGUUUGGUGGGGAAAUAGUAGUUGUGGUUGCAGAGCAGAAUGAUCCUUUAGCAGAAACCAAAAACGCUAUGCAAAUGAAUUCUUCCCAGCGUAAGCUUUACCACGACCGGGAUAGGUAUUUGCAAAUGACUCCAUAUCAGAGGGAAGCCUAUCUGCAAAGGAAUCGUGAGUAUAAAAGAAUGCGGCAUGAGUGCCGUGCAAGUUGUAACAACACACAACCAGCACCACAACAGAAAAUUUUGAGAGCUACUAAUAAUAACCAAUACAUGACAGGAGAGGAAGUCAUGGCCAUUUCAAACUAUGAGAGGCACGAUUCAGUUUUUACUCAGCUAGGGUCUUCAUCAAAAGUGGCAGAAAAUGGUGGUUCUGAGACAAGCCGUCCAAAAGCUGGAACUCGGUUCACUAUCAGUCCAUCUGGCAUAUAUUUAUCAUCAAUAUCCUCGGAAGAACAAGCUGCAAAAUAUGAAUUGAAAAAUGUAGGUCAGCGUAAGCGGCAACAUUGCACCAAUGUGUACUCACAACUGUCACAUGACCAGGAAGAAACACACGUACAAGAGAUUUGUGGCCCUAAUAAAAGAAAGAGGCCAGAAAAAGAAAGUUGUAGUACCGCACGGGAUCCUGGUAGAAAUACCAACAACUUGCAUGAAGACAUCAUUUAUGUGCCCCAGGAUUAUUUUCCUGUCGUUCAUGAUUAUCUGGCAAAUACCAAAGACAACAUUGAGUGCGAUGAAGUGGACGAUGAAAGUCUUAUGUAUAAUGGACCAGGUCUUGACUUUGAAUCAUAUCAAGAACCAAAGCAUGUUACAAAAUGUAUACAAGCAGACCCAUAUGAUCGUAUAUAUCAUAAUGUGCCCAGUGGUCAUCAUUUUCUAGAGCGAGUGCCCAACUGUAGACAUUGUAAUGCGAAAAGGUUCCAAUAUGAGACACCAACUUUUUGUUGCAUGAAUGGAAAGGUGAAGAUAGUAACCCCAGUGGUUCCUGACGAUUUGCGUCAGUUGUACACGAGUCAGGAUCCAAAUGCAAAAUACUUCCAAGAUCAUAUACGGUACUUCAAUUCUCAUUUCUCUUUUACCUCUCUUGGUGUCAUCUUGGACCAAAGGUUCUGCAAUAGGAGGUCUGGAGUUUACACCUUUCGUGCACAGGGCCAAAUUUAUCACCGUAUUGACCAGUUGGUUCCAAAAGAAGAUGGCCCCAAGCAUCUACAGUUAUACUUCUAUGACACGGAUGCAGAUUUGCAACAAAGAUUUCUUCACUCGCCUAACUUAAACCAAAUUCUCAUCCGGAAGUUAGUAAAUAUACUUUCAAGUAACCCUUAUGUACAAAUAUUUAGACACCUUGGUUCUAUUCCAAACCUUGAUGAAUAUAUGAUUGAGCUCAAUACAGAUAUUGCCUUAGAUCAGAGAGUAUAUAAUGCUCCGACAACAUCACAAGUAGCAGCAAUCUGGGUCGAGGGAAAUAAUCCUCGAGGUCAUUUUGACAGGAGUAUCAUGGUGUAUGGAAAAUCGGACAAACCACAAUACAUAAAAGCAUAUCAUGGUUGCUAUGAUCCAUUGUCAUAUCCGCUUUUUUUCCCGAAAGGGGAAGUUGGAUGGAACUUGAAUUUACCAAAAGUUGGUCCCCAUGCUAGGAGGACGAGAAAUGAUCAAACAAAUGCUCUCAAUGAAGAAGGGAUGGAAAAGAGUCCUGGUUCUUGUGUGUCACCAAGAGAAUAUUAUUGUUAUAAGUUAUAAAUUUGAGAAGGAGAUUUCAACGUCUUACUAUUCGGAAGGCGAUUAACUCAACAGUAUAUUGUUGAUAUGUACAUCAAGAUUGAAUCAAUAAGGUUGGCUUUCUAUUUACAACCGUCAACUCAAGUUCUCAUACGUGCAGAUUUAUAUCAAGGAUUGGUUGAUAGCGUUGUAGCUGGUGAGACACGUGCAUGCAUGACAGGAAAGCGUAUUGUGCUCCCCCCAAAAUUUAUUGGAGGACCAAGAGACAUGCGUCGAAGGUAUUUAGAUGCAAUGGCAUUGGUCCAGCGGUUCGGGAAGCCAGACUUAUUCAUUAGAAUGACUUGCAACCCGCAGUGGGAAGAGAUAACUAGAGAGUUGGAACCAGGCCAAUCACCACAAUAUCGUCCAGAUUUGGUAGCACGGGUCUUCAAGGCAAAGUUGGAGGAUCUUAAAGAUCUUUUAUUCAAGAGAAAAUUAUUUGGUGAAGUCGUCGCACAUGUUCAUGUAAUAGAAUUUCAGAAGAGAGGCCUACCGCAUGCACACUUCUUAAUUAUUCUGAAGUCAAAUUGCAAGAUUACUAAUCCAGAUCAAUAUGAUGAGAUAAUAUCAGCAGAGAUCCCAGAUAAAGACAAAUACCCUGUAUUACAUGCUUUAGUUAUUAAGCACAUGAUGCACGGACCAUGUGGAGUUCUCAACAGUAAGAAUGCUUGCAUGGAAAAUGGAAAUUGUAGAUACCAUUAUCCGCGGACAUUCUCAGAUACAACAUUACAGGGAAAGGACUCAUAUCCAAUUUAUAGACGGAGGGAUGAUGGUCGUCGAGUGCGCAUUAGGGGUGCGGUGUUGGAUAAUAGAUGGGUUGUUCCUUACAACCCAUAUCUACUUAUGCGAUACAAUUGCCAUAUCAAUAUAGAAGUUUGCUCGAGCAUUAAGGCUGUUAAAUAUUUAUUUAAGUACAUAUACAAAGGUCAUGAUCGCGCCUCCUUUGUCAUUGAGUCCAGAGGAGAUAAUGUUGUUAUUGAUGAGAUUCGUGAAUAUAGGGAUGCAAGGUUUAUAUCACCUCCAGAGGCAAUAUGGAGGAUUUAUUCUUUCAAUCUAAGUGAGAUGUCACCUCCAGUUUUGCAGUUGCAGGUCCAUUUGCCAAAUAUGCAUCUUGUGCAUUAUGAAGACUCUGAUAAUUUGGAUAAUGUUUUACGCAGAGAAUCAUCUUCAAAAACAAUGCUUAGUGAGUAUUUUAGAAUGAAUUCUGUUAACAUUUACGUGAGGAAUUUCUUGUAUAAGGAGUUUCCGGAAUAUUUUGUGUGGGAUAGCAGUUGCAAAAGUUGGAGACGUCGCAAGCAGAAAUGAA